UGAAUAUUUAAACUAUAGCUUCUGCAGUGAAGUAUUCUUCAACAAUGGAGGUAGACUACCCUGAAGAUUUCAGGUGUCCAAUCUCAAAGGAGGUGAUGAAGGACCCAGUCACAGUCUCCACCGGCCUCACCUACGAACGCAAGAACAUCGAGAAAUGGUUCUUCAAUUACAAGAAGAGCACGUGCCCUGCAACCAUGCAAUGCCUCCAUAGCUUCGACCUUACUCCAAACCACACCCUCAAACGUCUCAUCCAGAACUGGCAAAUCAACAACAACAAAACAAACCCAGAUUCUCAAUCUUGUUCUUCAUCGCCACAACCUUCAAUCAAUCACGAUGAGAUGGUGUCCCUGCUUCGUGCCAUUGAAUCUUCCCCUUUCAAGGUAACUCCCCUGAAGAAGCUCCGAUCUGUUCUUGGUGAUUGGAGUAGUACUUUAACGAUCAUGGAUUUUAUUGGUUCUGGUGGAAUUGAGGUUCUUGUGAAGAUUGUAAUCCAAGUUCUUGUCGAUUUCGAUGGCUUCAGAGCGUGUGAAGAAGCGUUGGGGAUUUUACAUCGUUUACCAUUACAAUCUGAAGAAGACAAGAUGUUCGAUCAAUUGUCGAAACCAGAAUGUAUAAAGGCUGUGACUCUGAUGCUUCAAAGAGGAAGCGCGGAUGCAAGGCUUUACGCAAUCGCAAUCUUUCAAAAAUUGGCCAAAGCCAAUUUGAUCUCCAACUGGUUGUUAAAAGACCAAGGUAUCGAUUUCUUUAAGUCUUUGUUAGAGCUCGUAUCCGACGAGAUAUGUAGCAAAGCUAGUUCUUGUGCCUUGGAAGUACUAAUAGAAAUACUGGGUUCUUCAAAGAAAAGCAGAUUAAAGGCCAUUGAAGCCGGUGCAAUAUGCCUCCUGUUAGAGCUCCUACUGGACUCUAAUCGAUUCAAGUGUGAGAAAAUCUUGCUUUUAAUCAAACUCUUAUGCGAAAUCGCAGAGGGAAGGUUGGCUCUAGUAGAGCAUGGACUCGGAAUCGCGGCGGUGACCAAGAAACUGUUACAUGUAUCAAAUGCAGCAACAAAGUUAGCUGUUAAAAUAUUGUGGUUGAUCUGUAAUUUCAAUCCAACAGAGAAGGUUGUGGAAGAAAUGAUGAUUUGCGGAUCGGUGAAGAAUCUCUUGGCGUUGAUGCAUAUUGAUGGAAGAUCAUCAACAAAAGGGAGAGUGAUGAAGAUGUUCAAGUUGCAUGGUAAUUCAUGGAAGAGGUACCCUUGUUUCCCUGUAGAGUUGAAUGAGUAUUUGGGUUUAGAGAAAUAGAUUAAUCAAAUGAAUUGAUGGUAAACACACACAUGUAGAGAUAAUUAUAAUUUUCUCAAUUAAGUUUGAAGUAGAAUUUUAGCCAAUAGCUUUGUUUAUUUUGGAGGGUUUGAUUUUUCUCAUGAACUUAUAUCAUCAUCACUAAUUGUCAUUUUUUUUAUUCUUGUCUUUGUCAGUAGUUGUUCCUGGAAAUUAGGAAAUCAUAUGUAUAUGUUCAACUCAUGUAAUCCUGCUCAUAUGCAAUUAGGGCUGUGUCAUUAUAUGUAAAAUUUGGAUUAAUCUCAUAUCAU